AAUUUAUCGUUAAAUCUUCUCAUCCUCUAUGGGGGUCGUAUGGAUGUCUGGUGUUUUGCCAUACGCUUGCGCUAUGACGAUAUUUUCACAUGUUCAAAGAGCCGAGAGAGUGAGAGAAGAAAUUUUCCCACUUUUCACGAGGAUUCCCUCCUCAAUCGAUAGCCGGCAACAUGAAAAGUUACCUUCUACCAUCUCUCUCCCAAUCUUAGUGCUACUUCAGACACCAACGCCACUGCAGCUCUCUCGGGUGUUAGCCCGCGGUUUUCCUCAAUUUUCCCAUCCCAUUUGUGUGUUUUCUUCAGUUGUUCGUUCUUGACACCCACAAAAAAAUCAGUACAAGAACCUCUUAGUGAAUUUGGCAUGAGUAUUAUUCAGUGAAGUCAGUAUUUUAAUUUAGUCGAGAAAAAUAAAAUGUGAAAAAGAAUCAGUGAUUUUUUUUUCGCGGAAAAAUAUCACCCUAUUCGUGUUCUGUGAAAAUUGGUGAAACAAACGUUAUAAGAACAUUUGCCUUGAAAAUAUUCGAUAUUUUUUGCUUGAUUUUUUCCGUUGGGGGAAAAAUCGUCUUUGGUACCCGUUUUUAUUUUCUUCAGCUGCUGCACGCGACCAAGGGCUUUUCUGUUUUGCAAAAAGCAUCUAUGAUCACAACUUGUAUAUCAACAUUUAUAUUUAAAACAUGUCACUAAAUAGGAAAAAUCUCACAAGUAUGAUUGCAGAGUCAGACAAUUUGGCAAGUGGCCAGUCUUUCUCAAAAUUCCACCUAUAAAUUUUCCUGAUUUUAACAUCCCAUUCUCAUUCUUAGUCUCUCCCAAAAAAAACCAUCCAUGAAAAUGUGUGUAAAAUAUUUUCCUGAUGGCAAUUGAUUGAGAAAUCAGCGCCAAUUUUUUUUCCAUCUGCCCAACCUACAAUUUCCCUCAUGAACCAUUCGAUUGAAGUGAAAUUCGAGGCGCAGAGUCAAUAGAAUUGAAGGUGAAGCAAAUUCACAAUUUUUUUUUUGAUAUAAAUAGACACUAUAAAAGUGAGAAGGAGUUUUUAGACAGUCAAAUAAAUAAUCACAUUCUGUGUGCUGUUUUCUGUGAGAGAAAGUACAAUAAAUCGUGAUAGUUUACACUUAUAAUGGAGUAAAGAAGGAUUUAUUGUGUUGAAAAUGGUGUCAAUUCCAUCCUCCACGUCCAAGAAAUUCAACAGUGCCUCUGAUCAGAUGUUUUCUGAUACACUCCUUCAAACAAGUAUCUUGAGCGAUUGCCCAGAAAAUAAUAAUUUAGACGUGGAAUGGCGUGAAAAGGCGGAAAAAGAGCUAGGAGAGUCUAGUGAGAUCUCACGGACUGCACUAAAGCAAUUCAGACACUUGUUGAGAAUAAAUCGGGAGAAUGUGCCAUUUGGAUGGCGAGAUGAUGCGUUCUUACUGCGUUUUUUGCGCGCCAAGAAGUUUGAUGUCGACAAGGCGUAUCGAAUGGUUAAUCCCCUUUUCUAUUGGCAGACUCUAAAGUAUUUCCGGAUGAAGCAGCAAUCACCCGAAUUGUUCAGAGUGUCUCCUCCAUCGGAAGUUCGUCACAUUCUUGAAAUGCAAAUGCAGUAUAUGAUACCCUUGAGAGAUCCCUGUGGUAGACAAGUUUUUAUCUUCCGUGUGGAAAAAUGUGAUCCAUACCGGUGUUCUGUUGAGAACGUCUUCCGUACCAAUGUUCUGAGCCUCGAGAGCGUUGUCAGAAAUCCAGAGACGCAAAUCGCGGGUCUGGUAGUGCUUCUGGACAUGACUGGAGUGAGUCUCGGGCAUAGUCGCUUCCUCUCACCGCAGUUGGCCCGGAACACCGUUGAAGUUGUCCAGGAUGCCUUCCCGUUGCGCUUCAAGGCAUUCCACAUCCUCCACGAACCAUUUUACUUCGAUGCCAUCCUUGCUGUACUAAAGCCCUUCUUGCGAGAGAAAAUCCGAAAACGGAUUUUCCUCCAUGGCAGCGACUUGGCGUCACUCUAUCGAUUUAUUCCACAAGAAAUCCUUCCUGCUGAAUAUGGAGGUCUCCAGCCAUCCUUCGACAACUCCAUUUGGCGCCAGAAUAUUCUCGAUAGCGAAGAAUACUUUGCAAAUUUAGAGAAUUACCAAAUCCCUGAAGAGAAUUCCGUAACGAAGAUUGAAGUGUGUUCCCAGGAGGAUCAGGAAUCCGGUGAAUAUGUUGAUGACGAGACAGAAGACAGUGAGUUUGAGGAUGCCACAUAUUUCUUAGAUGAUCCAGCUAUUGAAAAGUUGUGAAUUUAUAUAUUAACCGCACCAUUGUGCUCGAAUUGAACUUGUUCUAUUCCAAGUCAAUUGCAAAAUUGCCCUGCCAAUUUUCAUAACUUGAGCUUUUACCUGGGAAAUCACACGCAAUUGUGCUAUUUUUUCUCUCAGAUCGUGACGCCAAACAAUUGCAAAUACAAUAAAAUAGUACUCAGUGCUUGAGGAGAGAACCAGGUGGCGGGAGUUAAUUGAUCAAUGCAAAAUGCAAGAACAGUUGGUAAAGCUGAGAAUUUCAUCUAGAACACUUUAAACCAAUACUGGAGUGAAAAUCGCGCGUGGAUAUUCAAAUUAAUUGUGCAAUAUAGCGACCUUAACACCUCAAACUCAAAGUGCAAAACGAUACUCUUUUUUUAUCUAUAUUAUCUAAAACUUCUAAUGUCAAGAUGAAAAAGAUAAUAUAUUUUCUAUAAGCAA